AUGGACAACUCCACGGCAGGUCACCCACCAGAAACAGUCGAUGUUCACUUCUUCGUGUCGAUGAUCGUCAUCAAUGCUUUCAGUGGUCUCUUGGCGACUGUUUUGAACCUCUUGGUCAUUAUAACUUUUAUCAAGACGCCAUCUUUACGAACAACUUCGAACAUUCUCAUUCUUAGUCUCGCUAUCACUGACUUUGGUGUUGGUGCUUUGGUGCAGCCUAAGUUCUGUAUUGACAUUUAUGCAAAUAUUACUGACAAUCUACUAAUUUUAUCGAGUACUGCUUUGAUCAUAUUAGGUUUUUGUCCUGUGAUAUUAACUUGGGUAUCAGUUUUGACAACAACUGCCAUUACUGCCGACCGAUUCCUUGCUGUUCACUUACAUCUAAGAUACCAAGAACUUGUUACAAAGAAGCGAAUAUCAAUGGUGGUAAUAACGAUUUGGACAUUCAGUGUGUUCUUUGGGGCAUGCCUGGUACUUUUCCUUUUAAAAAGAAUGCAUUUUGCUUUAAUGAUAAUUUUGCCUAUAAGCAAUUUUUUAUUUCUUUCAUUCUUGUUAAUUAACAUUGCUCUGAUGCUAAAAAUAUCUUGCGUUAUCCGUCAACAUGCAGCGCAAAUUCACGCUCAACAGCAGGCAAUGAACGCAGCGCCUGGUGCAGCAAGGAACAUUAAGAGAUCUGUGAAUAUUAUGUAUUAUGUUGUUGGAACAUUUUCCCUUUGCUACUUCCCUGAGAUUUCUCGCUGGAUUAUCAUAACGUUUAUGCCUAAAUUAAACUUGAAGCUUAAGAUCGCAAUGUUCUUGUUUCAAACCCUUCUUUAUAUGAACAGCAGUAUCAAUCCAAUCAUAUAUUUCUGGAGAAUACAAGACAUGCGAAAUGCUGCUCUUCAAUUGUUGCGGUCUUUUCGAAAAAUCAGGAACAACAACAAUAAUGAUAACAGCAAUGCAACUAACAUUAGCAAUUGCAAUCUUUAGUUUACAUUUAAGUUUCAAAAUUAAGGAAUUCAAAUACAUAUCGUAUAAAUAUUGUAUUUAUAUAUUGCUAGUUCUACUCCAAUGUACAUACAAAGUGCGAAAUUUAUGAUUUUACAAGAGUGUAAACAUUGUACAAAAAGGAAAAAAACGCAUGAAAGUGAAAGUACAUAAGUAGAGGUUUAGUAGACAAAUAGACGUCAGGAGUAAUGUCUCUAUUGUUGUUUUGACUAAUUCUUAUUUUACGACUGACCGACACCAGUGUAUCUAUGUGCGGUAUAUAGAAGUUAAAAGUAAUUUGUACAUUGAAAAUAUUCAAUAAAGAUGUCUAUUUUAAGGCAUUCCUCAUUUCUCUCUUCAGUAGUUCUUCGCUAAUGCUUACUUCAGAUACACUUUGACGUUUCAUUAUCGUGUUG